AUGAAUUUAGUCGUCGUGGAAAGCCGAAAAUGGACUCCAACAGUUGGCACUUUGCUCUUCCUCCGACCAGCCAUGCCCGCUCGAUCUUUCUUUCGAUCCCGGCGGGACUCGGCGCGGACCCGAAGCCCCUCACCAACCUUCUCAGACACUACGAAUGCGUCAGCGAUGAAUUUAGCGAACGGCCCAGAAAAGAUUAUAACGAGGGCUCAUUUGAAAGCCAGCGUCCAGGCCUAUGAAGACCUUAUGAACACGAGCGCCAUGUAUCGUUCCGCACUGUUGAACCUGUCUAACGUCACCGCCGCCUUCGCAAAUGCCAUGCAGACAGCCAGCGCUUUGAAAGGUCCUUCUUACGAAGCUGCUACACGCUUACAAGCCGCCUCUGGGCUUCACCACCUUGUUGGCAAUCAAUGGCAUGUACUAGCCGAAACUCUCGACAAGAAAUUCGAACGACCAUUACGGUCGCAUCUAGAGACAUACAAGAGUGUGGUGGCGGAUAGGUCUGCGUCUUAUGAGAGGGCUUUGAGGGAGAAGAGUCAAGUAAUUCGGACGACGGAAAUGCAGAGCAUGAACCGAAAAGAGCGCAAUCUGCAAAGCUUCAGAGAAGCUCUUGCAGUGUUACAACGGCAGGUAGAUGACCUGGAUGACCUCAAAGUUGCACACUAUCAAGAAAUUGUUGACCACGAAGAAGAGGUUUGGGACGUGGUACAGGGAAAGAUUUGCAUCGCAGUGCGCUCGACGAUGGACGUGUUCGACAAAUUCACAGCAAAAGCUUCAGACCCCGUUAUUGAACCUAUGCUCCAGUCAAUACCGGAUCCCUUUGACUCUUACGGCCCUCCACAAUCGGAAGACCAGAUUUUCAGCAUUCUUGCGCCUCUUUCCAUCAUGCCCUCAACCCCCUCGCGGGCCAGUCCUAUGCCUACACCACACUCCGAACUUGACCCGAUAGACGGAUUACCGAGUGACCAUUCAUGGACCUCCUCUUCCUCAGUAACAUUUCCCUCAACCUCACCGACUUGGGACGGGGAACGGUCGCCUACUCGCGAAACGGCGCCGCGAUCUACUUCACCUCCCAAUGGCCGCAAGCAUGUCAUCGGUCCCUCAAAUCGACACCCCCGAAAGUCAGACUCGAAACUCCGCAAUGCACUGUCACCCAUUGACGAGGCCCAUUCCCGUCAGAAGAGCCCUGAUGCUCGGCCAACCUCGAUAAUGAGCGCAUUUAGUCCUCCACCACCGGUAGACGCCCAGCCGUGGUCAUUUGGCUACAGUUCUCCGCCCUCCCCAAGCGAAGAGUCGAACGAGCACGACGCAAAGACGCCAACACACUCUACAUUUCGCGUGACAACGCCACCAGAUUCCAUUGGAGAACGAGAUAGUAUGAAGGUCCCCAUUGCUACUUAG